AUGGCUGACGGUACAGUGGCAGAAGACACUCUAAGAACAGGGCAAGGUGGUGAAGAGAUGCGGACCAGCUCUCCCAGGCUAUCAAGGAAGGCAAGGGAAGAUGCCGUGGCUGUGAAUGAGCCUAGUGGGGGGGACCCUGAUAACUAUCUCCUUAACUCACCGUGGACGUUUUGGCAUGAUGCUACACGAAGAGGAGCAACUGCCAAAGAUUUCUUUGAGAAUCUCAAACCUUUGUGUACAGUCAAGACCAUCAAGGCAUUUUGGGGUGUGGUCAACAAUAUUCGUCCCAUAGACCAGUUGGGCGAGAGAGAGAGCUACCAUCUUAUGAGGAAUGAGAAUAGGAGACCUAUUUGGGAGGACUCUGAUAAUGCUCAUGGUGGAUUGUGGUCAUUCAAAACCAAGGUAUGGCAGGAGCUGUUGUUGGCUGCUGUGGGUGAGCAGUUCUCAGAGUGUGUGGGCGGUGGUGACUGUGUGUGA